CAAUUACUAGAGUUUAUCGUACUGUCGCAGUAAUGAAAGGAAUUACUUUGUUGUUAACGUGUUUGGUGUAUUGUUCGAAUAUCGGUCCGAUACGCGCCAAUUCGCCGAAGGUAUGCUUUGCGGGUUCAUCUUGUGUGCUCGGCAGAUUUAUGAGCGGCUAUGAAAGCUAUUCAUUUGAAGCUUUCUUGGGCAUACCAUACGCCAAACCACCCAUCGGUGAUUUGAGAUUUAGCAAUCCUGAAGAAGCUGAACUAUGGGAUGGCACCUUAUCAGUACAAUAUCCUAAGCCUGAUUGUAUACAACGUGAUUAUAUUAAUGUAUUAAAACCGAUUAGCGGUUCAGAGGAUUGCCUGUACUUGAACAUAUAUCGCCCCUUGCACAAAGCCGGUGGAGAAUUGCCAGUAAUGUUUUACAUACACGGUGGUGGCUUUUUUAGCGGUUCACCAAGUCCUAGCAAUGUAGGACCCCAAUAUUUUAUGGAUACGAGUGAUGUAAUUCUAGUAGUGCCCGCCUAUCGCUUGGGUCCAUUUGGUUUCCUAUCUACUAACGAUGAACAGAUGACGGGAAAUUAUGGACUUAAAGAUCAGAAAUUAGCACUACAAUGGGUUCAAAAGUACAUUUCGGCUUUUGGCGGUGAUCCCGAUCGUGUGACUAUUUUCGGUCAUAGUGCUGGCGCUGCAGCAGUCCAUUUACACUUAAUGAAUAACAAUUAUGAGGGUCUAUUCAGUAACGCUAUUAUGAUGAGUGGCGCCGCAAACUCACCAUUCGCUUUGCCAUUAAACGAUCCUAGAGACCAAGUCGUUCAAUUGGCUAAAGCUGCUGGUGUAACAGAAGCUGAAUAUCUAAGUUCCGCUGGCCUAGUUCACGCAUUGCGAUCAAUCAAACCGAAAAUCUUGCUACGAGCUGCCGAUGAUCUUAAAAUUUGGGCUGAGCAACCUGUUACAAUUUUCCGCCCGAAUGUUGAAAAUUACGCCUGGACUGGUGCAUUCUUGAUACGUGAUCCAAGAUUUCCAUAUAUAACGUUUGGAACGGGCAAUGACAUACCUUGGAUCGUUGGAAAUGUACCUGCCAAGGGUGAGGGUUUGGUUAUUGCACUUCGAUUGACAACCAAUAAGAAAUUGCAGAAAGAGUUCAAUGAAGAGUUUAGCAAAAGAUUGAGCAUUACAUUGGACUUACCUCUUGCAUGUGACACAGAAGAUGUGAUAGAAUCAUUGGUAACAGAGUAUAUGGAUGGUAAACGAGAAUUGAAUAAUGAAACGAUGGAUGGCUUUUUGGAGCUUUUAGGAGAUGCCUAUUUCGUAUACCCAACUUUCAAUCUUUUAUUUUAUAAUAUCGAUUCUAAUCGCACUGAUUUUAGGGGAAUAAUAAAUUUUGACUAUCGCGGACCCUAUUCAAAUUCGAAAUUAUUUACGAAUAGCUUAAAAGAUUUUGGCACUGCACACGUUGAUGAUUCGCUGUUCCUGUUUGAAGGGCCACAAGGAGUGUCAUAUGGUUAUUUAAAGAAGUCUCGUGAGGCAGCUUUGGUUAGACGCUAUGUGAGGCUAUAUCAGUCUUUUGCCGAAAAUGGUUAUUCUGAUGAAUUUGCUGAUAUCGAAGAAUGUAAUGAAAUAAAUUUUCCGUAUUGUGAAUAUUUGUCUAUCGUAAAAGAUGAGGAGCCGUUCCAAACUAGCAAAUCUUGGAAUAUUAAACGAAUGGCAUUGUGGGACAAGAUAUAUUAUUAUUAUUGCGUAUGCUUUGCGGGUUCAUCUUGUGUGGUCGGUCGAUUUAUGAGCGGCUAUGAGAGCUAUUCAUUUGAAGCUUUCUUGGGCAUACCAUACGCCAAACCACCCAUCGACGAUUUGAGAUUUAGCAAUCCUGAAAAAGCGGAACUAUGGAAUGGCACCUUAUUAGCACAAUAUCCUAAGCCUGAUUGCAUACAACGUGAUUAUAUCAAUAUAUUAAAACCGAUUAGCGGUUCAGAGGAUUGCCUGUACUUGAACAUAUAUCGCCCCUUGCACAAAGCCGGUGGAAAAUUGCCAGUAAUGUUUUACAUACACGGUGGUGGCUUUUUUAGCGGUUCACCAAGUCCUAGCAGUGUAGGACCCCAAUAUUUUAUGGAUACGAGUGAUGUAAUUCUAGUAGUGCCCGCCUACCGCUUGGGUCCAUUUGGUUUCCUAUCUACUAACGAUGAAGAGAUGACGGGAAAUUUUGGACUUAAGGAUCAGAAAUUAGCUCUAAAAUGGGUUAAAAACUACAUUUCGGCUUUUGGCGGUGAUCCCGACCGUGUGACUAUUUUCGGUCAUAGUGCUGGCGCUGCAGCAGUCCAUUUACACUUAAUGAAUAACAAUAAAGAGGGUCUAUUCAGUAACGCUAUUAUGAUGAGUGGCGCCGCAAACUCACCAUUCGCUUUGCCAUUAAACGAUCCUAGAGAUCAAGUCGUUCAAUUGGCUAAAGCUGCUGGUGUAAUAGAAGCGGAGAGUCUAAGUUCCGCUGACCUAGUUCAAGCAUUGCGAUCAAUCAAACCGAAAACCUUGCUACGAGCUGCCGAUGAUCUUAAAAUUUGGGCUGAGCAACCAAUUGUAAUUUUCCGUCCGAAUGUUGAAGAUAAGUGCUGGAAUGAUGCAUUUUUAACAAAGAACCCAAGAGAACCAUAUAUACCGUUUGGAACGGACAAUGAUAUACCUUGGAUCGUUGGUAAUGCACCUGCCAAGGGUGAGGGUUUGCCUAUGGCACUUCGGUUGACAACAAAUAAGAAAUUGCGGAAUGAGUUCAAUAAAGAGUUUAGCAAAAGAUUGAGCAUUACAUUGGAUUUACCUCUUGUAUGUGACACAGAAGAUGUGAUACAGUCAUUGGUAAAAGAGUACAUGGAUGGUAACCGAGAAUUGAAUGAUGAAACAUUGGAUGGCUUUUUGGAGCUUUUGGGAGACGCCUAUUUCGUAUACCCAACUUACAGGCUUUUAAAUUAUAAUGCCGAUUCUAACCGCACUGAUUUUAGAGGAAUAAUAAAUUUUGACUAUCGCGGACCCUAUUCGUAUUCGAAAAUAUUUACAAAGAGCUUAAAAAAUUUUGGCACUGCACACGUUGAUGAUUCGCUGUUCCUGUUUCAAGGGCCACGCGGAGUGUCGUAUGGUUAUUUAAAGAAGUCUCGUGAGGCAGCUUUGGUUAGACGCUAUGUGAGGCUGUUUCAGUCUUUUGCCGAAAAUGGAAGUGCGGCUGAGGCUCACAAGUUUCAACAACAAAAAUCAAAACAAAUCACUCUAAAAGAAAAAAAACAAAACAUCAUGGCUGCUUCAUUAGCAAGAACAGAGGUGUCACUGCCACCGAAUAUCACGCUCUUGCCCACCAUACCUCGUCCAUCAAAAUUAUGGCAGACAAUCUUCAUGAUCUCCAUCCUUAUAACAAUGAUAUGUAGUCAAACAACAAUAACAGCAUUGGCGCACACGCCAUCCACCGAAGCACCGUUGUUUAUGCAGCAUUCGGUUUUGCCGAAAGUUUGCCUAUACGAAAUGGGUUGCUUGCAGGGCAAACAUAUGCCUGGUUUAGGUGCGCACAAUUUCGAGGCAUUUCUGGGCAUACCGUACGCUUUGCCGCCAGUGGGUGAGCGUCGCUUUGCGAUUCCCAAAGCAUUUCCACGUUGGUGGGGUAUUUUGGACGCGACCGCGCCGAAGCAGAAUUGUGUGCAAAAGAAUUACAUACUACCGAAUCCGGUGGUGGAAGGCGUCGAAGAUUGCCUUUACUUGAAUAUCUACAGACCAAUGACAGACGCCAAACAGUUACUGCCCGUUAUGGUUUAUAUACAUGGUGGCGGCUGGUUUAGUGGCAGUGCCAGUCCACUAUUACAUGGUCCCGAAUAUAUUAUGGAAACCAAAGAGGUCAUCUUGGUAUCCAUCGCUUAUAGAUUAGGACCUUUUGGCUUUCUCUCAACCGACGAUGCCAAUAUGCCCGGCAAUCUGGGUCUUAAAGAUCAAAAUUUGGCGCUGCGUUGGAUUAAACUCAAUAUCGGCGCUUUUGGCGGCGAUCCGGAGAAGGUAACCAUAUUUGGACAAAGCGCUGGUGCCAUUUCUGUGCACCUACACAUGCUGAGUCGUCAAUCCGAAGGUCUCUUUCGUAGCGCUAUCACAAUGAGCGGCACCGCAAAUGUACCAUUUGCCAUUAAUGACUCACCGCUGCAACAGACACGUGACAUCGCAAGGUUUUGUAAUAUCAGUAAUGUGGAAGAGCUGAGCACCGCUAAACUCGCACGCGCUUUACGUGCGUUGAACGCCGAGGACAUAAUUAAUGCGGGAGAUAAACUCAAAUAUUGGAAUGUGGAUCCCAUGACGAAUUUCCGUCCAAUCGUGGAGAAGCACGGCGACGGACAUGCAUUUCUUACGCAACACCCUGUGAAAAUAAUGAAAGAGGGUAAAUACACGCCUGUGCCAUGGCUGAAUGGUGGCGUUCCAGGCGAGGGGGCAGUCCGUGUGUUCUCCAUCUUAGCCAAUGAAACGCUAAGACAGCAAUUCAAUGCGAACUUUCACGAGCUGUUCGAAAAAUUGCUCGAGCUUCCAGCGCAUUUUACGCGCACGCAGUUGACAGCAAAAACGCAGCUGGUCAUCGAUGAGUACUUUGGUGGUCGUCCAGUAAUCGACAAUACAACCGCGCAGGGUUUCCUUGACUGCAUCAGCGAUCGCGGCUUUCAUCAUCCCUACUACAAUGCCAUCCGUGCUUAUGUGCAUACAGUCGAUGUGAAAAAGUAUCCGGUCUAUUUGUAUAAGCUCAGUUACAAAGGUCAACAUAGCUUUACCAGCAUUUAUACGGGUGGCGUACCAAUCGGUGAAUUUGGUGCCGUACAUUGUGAUGAUCUAAUUUAUACCUUCCGUGCGCCUGUGAUAUUUGCCGAUUUCAAGCAGAGCUCGGCAGAUGCAUCUCUAGCCACGUAUUUUACCAGGAAUCUUGUUCAUUUCGCCAAAUAUGGCAAACCGUUGAAUGUAGACGCCUUAAAACCAUGUACGGCCGCUACAUUUGACCAGAAAUCGGAUGCAAUUUGUGAUUAUCAAGAAUUUUCGAAUUCUGGCAAUGAUUCUUUCAAAACUUCCACAAACAACAAGUUUCACGUGAAGCGUGCAAAACUAUGGAAUGCGAUUUUAGAAAUAGAUGAUUAGACUGAGGUUCGUUAGAGCAUUUAUUUAUAGAAUUUACUAAGUUUUAAUGUAGUAUCUUGAAAAAAGUGAGCACAAAACUCGCACAAACUGAGAUUUUAGUAUUAGCAUUUAG